AUGUGGAUGUUCAUCACAUUAUUACUUACUGUUGCCUCAGCGGAAAAGAAAGUACCAAUUGAGGACGAGGAAUCAGAUUCAGGAGAAGAGGAGCAAUAUGAAGAUGAGAAUCAAGAAUUUGAAAAGGACGAAGACGACAUUUUGAAAGAUGAGAGUGCUGACCCGGAAAAGCAGUUUGAUUCACAUCCUCCAGGUAAAGUACAAUGA